AUGGCGACUCCCAGCGGCGAGGCGACGGUGGUACAGGCGAACGUCCUGGAACCCGACUUUCGGUACCUCCUGCCUACUACUCCUCCUCUUCCCAGCUUCAGGUACCUCCUGCCUACUAUUCCUCCUCUCUACAGCUUCUGGUACCUCCUGCCUACUCCUCCUCCUCUCCCCAGCUUCCGGUACCUCCUGCCUACUACUCCUCCUCUUCCCAGCUUCCGGUACCUCCUGCCUACUAUUCCUCCUCUCUACAGCUUCUGGUACCUCCUGCCUACUCCUCCUCCUCUUCCCAGCUUCUGGUACCUCCUGCCUACUACUCCUCCUCUUCCCAGCUUACGGUACCUCCUGACUACUACUCCUCCUCUUCCCAGCUUACGGUACCUCCUGCCUACUACUCCUCCUCUCUACAGCUUCUGGUACCUCCUGCCUACUACUCCUCCUCUCUACAGCUUCUGGUACCUCCUGCCUACUCCUGCUCCUCUCUAUAGCUUCUUGUACCUCCUGCCUGCUCCUCCUCCUCUCUACAGCUUCUGCUACCUCCUGCCUGCUCCUCCUCCUCUCUGCUUCUGGUACCUCCUGCCUACUACUCCUCCUCUCUACAGCUUCUGGUACCACCUGCCUGCUCCUCCUCCUCUCUCCAGCUUCUGGUACCUCCUGGUCUUUCUGGGGUCUUUCUGA